CAACGAACGAACGAGGCCAAGCCCUCCCUCCCUCACCUCACCUCACCUCACCUGGCUUGUCCCUGCUGAGCCGCGUGCGAGCAUUGACUCCUCCUCCACCACCACCACCUCCAAAUACUACUCCCUCCCUUCCUUCCUAAUCUCGCUAGACGGUUCCUCCGUAUUCCCACACAUGCCAUCGUCGACACCUGUCGGCCUCCUCCCCGCCGGGUUUCCUUAGCCGGUGCGGCCCCCUCUUCUGCUGCCGUGGCCUCCGGGGACUUCCCGUGUCCCGAAAGAGCCCUCCUUUGAACGCGGUGGAGCUGUUGGGGGCAGCAGGGGAGAGGAGGAGGAGAGCCGUGCGCGCUCGGGACAGGGGCAGGAGUCCCGGGGCCGUACGGGGAGGGAGCAGCCAGCGUGCGUACGUCCAUCCAUCCGCGGGCCACCGCCGCGGGUACAGGGUGUCAGCCCGGGCGUCCACCGGCCGGCCGGGCCCUUUUCUUUCUGGUGCGGGCCUUCAAUGCGUCGUCCUGGCCGCUGAUAUCCAUCCAUCAUCAUCCAACCCUCCCCCCGGCCUCCUCGGCCGAUCAGAUUCGGUUCCGUUAGCUCGAGCUCGCGCCGGAAAGAGGGGAAGAGAUAUAUACAGAUAGAUAGAUAGAUAAAUAGAGAGAAGAGGGUUGGACGAGGCAGGCAUUCUGAUCCGGAUUCCGCUCCCGCAACCUCCCGCCCGCACCGAGGAAGGAUUCUUGGGAAGGCCAGGCUGCUGCCGGUUCUUCAGCAAGUUUCAGGGAUCUGUUUGAUACUGAGCAGACCCUUGACCUCUUUGUGCAUCACACCCAUCUUCUGUACAACUUGCGGCAAGAAUUUGGCAGCAAAUGGGUCGAGGAAUCGCUGCGAUUCCUGGCCUAAGGUCUCUCGGAGGCGUUUCCUGUGACUUUUGUUCCAAAUUUCACUUCAACAUGUGGUUCAUGCUAGUCCAAGCUUCCAAAGUUGGAAUCUGAUCACCUGUGACAGCGUUUCUUCGUCUCCUUAGUUCCAGCAGUAUGGACAAGGAGACCUCCUGGGUUAGGAGGACUAAGUUUUCGCACACCGUCUACACAAGGGUUGGUUCCCAUGGGGUGCAUGUGGAUCCUCUUGGCAGGGAUGUGGAGCAGAGGCUUCAAAGGUUUGUGAGUGUGGCUCCUCUUGGCAGGGAUGUGGAGCAGAGACUUCAGAGGUUUGUGAGUGUGGCUCCUCUUGGCAGGGAUGUGGAGCAGAGACUUCAGAGGUUUGUGAGUGUGGCUCCUCUUGGCAGGGAUGUGGAGCAGAGACUUCAGAGGUUUGUGAGCAUGGGUAAGUGUGUGACGAUGCCCAUUGAUCGAGACAAUGAUAAAACAGUGGCUGCGCUGAAGCAUACUGCUAGUUUACCAUCACUCCGAUCCACACUCCAGCCUAAUGAGAAAAAGGCCAGCAAGCAGAAGAUGAGUUUGGAGAUUCCUUUGAGCCCUCCGGCAAAGUCUGAGAAAUCCAAGGCCCCAAGGGCGAGGAGCCUGGUCAAGAGCCCAAGCUCAAUGAUGCUGCUCAGCUACUUAAACAAGGCAUACCCGAAUCAAGGCUCCAGCGUACAAAAUGCUGAUGGAUCUCUGCAUAAGCCAAGAUCAAAGUCUCCUCUUCCCAGCGUAGUGCCUUCUGAUACUUUCAGGGAAGCGAGGGCCAGCAGUCAGAGGUUCACAAGUCCUCCCCCGAAGCGUGUGGGGUCUGAUAAAAGCGUCUAUGGCAAAUCGUUGGGCAGGGAACAGUGUGAUAUGGCUGCAAGCCCUGAUUGGUGCUCGACUCCGGUGGUCUUUGGUGAGCACAGUUCUCAGAAGGAUAGUUCAUGGACCAGAAGAUACUUUGACAAUGUGGGAAGGAGGAGGGUUAGUGCAGUAGAGAAUGUGAGGAGCCGUACGGUUAGCAUGGCUCAAGCGGUACAAUCGACAGUUGAUUGGAAACUUGAUAAAGCCAAGCUACUUGUUGGCCAUAGUUUUGCUUCUGGGGCACAUAGCCGGCUAUACAGAGGACUUUACGAUGAUAAACCGGUUGCCAUUAAAUUUAUCCGUCGGCCUCACGAGGACCCUGGUGGGAUAAUGGCUGCAAAGCUUGACAAACAAUAUAACACUGAGAUCAAUGCAUUGUCUCAUCUGUACCAUAAGAAUGUGAUCAAGCUUGUAGCAACUCAUAAAUGUGGACCAGUUUAUUACAUUAUUACAGAGCUUCUUCCUGGAGGUUCCUUGAGGUCAUACCUGCACAACCCAGAGCACCGGCCCCUCCCUCUGGAGAGGACCAUAUCCAUCGCUCUUGAGAUUGCCCGCGGGUUGGAGUACGUCCACUCUCAGGGAGUUGUCCACCGCGACAUUAAGCCCGAGAACAUCCUUUUUGAUGAGAAUUUCGAGGUGAAGAUUGCUGAUUUUGGCAUUGCCUGCGAGGAGACGCUAUGUGAUCUGCUACUGGAGGAUGAGGGCACGUACCGCUGGAUGGCCCCUGAGAUGAUAAAGCGCAAGCCAUAUAACCGAAAGGUGGAUGUGUAUAGCUUUGGACUGCUGCUGUGGGAGAUGGUGACCGGAAGAAUUCCUUUCGAGAACCUAUCCCCAGUCCAGGUGGCUUAUGCCGUUGCGACUGACAAAUUGAAACCGAUGGACCCUCAAGAUUACUGCCCAGCAGCAGUGAGACCCCUGAUCGAGCAGUGCUGCGCGUUGCAGCCCGAGAAGAGGCCAGAUUUCUGGCAGCUUGUGAAAACCCUGGAGAAAAUCCAGUCUGUUAUGUCGCAGGGUGGCUCUCUUGACACUCUGAGGAGCAGUGGCCACAAGAAGGGGCUCAAGCACUGGAUUCAGAAACUGAAGCCAUCACACGGCGCGUGAGCUCAGUCAUCAUCUAGCAUCGUUUCGACCGUUAUUUUAUCCGGUUGGAUAUGCUCCCUUAGUCUAGCCUAGCGUAAGAUGAUAAGCUUUUCGAUUCGAUUUUAUGUUUGAAAAUUCUAGGAUGGAUGCGGAUGUUUAUUAGGUGAUCUACAACUAGCUUUUAUUACAUUAGUAGCUGUACACCAUAUUAUCAAACUUAUAUGAGUUAUCUCUUUCGUUCU